ACAUUUAACGAAGAAUAUAGUGUGUCAGAGGGUGAGAGUUGUAAGGAGGACAAAACAUGUAGGCCAGGGUACAGGAGGCCGUGGAGGAUGGGGUGUUGUGUGCUGAGUGUCUCCCCCAAAUCUAGAUUCUGGAGCCCUAACCCCCAGGGUGACUGCAUCUGGGGGGCGCUGUAUGGAAAAAAGGACGGCUGGCAUCAAGGCGACAAGAAACAGCGUUGGCGAGAAGAGGGGGCCUCUGAGCACCGUUGGUGGGAACGCCGCCCGUGCGUGGACUGCCACGCGUUCGAGUUCAUGCAGCGCGCCCUGCAGGAUCUUCGGAAGACGGCCUACAGCCUGGACUCGAGGGGCCUGAGGAUCCAGAAUCUCCUGGAGCCUGGAGCUGGGCUCCUGAGAGCAGCCGCCCCCAGCCCCUCCUGGAAGGACGGAGACCCUCCUGCUUCAGGCCGAGCGCCGGGCCCUCUGUGCCUGCUGGCCUGCCGGGCGCUGAGGAUCCUCAGACACCACUGUCCCCUCAUCAAUAAACGCCCGGCCCAGCACGCUGUGUCCUGUCUCCCUGUUCUGACCACCACAGCAGUUGCGUCGCCCCCAGCAUCCCUGCUUGGGCUCCUCUGUGGGUCUUCGGUGCCCCACCUGUUCCGUGGGGGCUGA